AUGUCACCUUCACUUGCACUGCUGCUAGUGGUUACCACUGUUACACCCACCUGUGCAGGACUACCUGACACAGGUGGUACAGGAAGAGCAGUAGGUGUGGAAGCAGCUCUGGCAAGCUGUGAUACAGAUGUGCUCUCUGUCUCUAAUAGUGGUGGUGGUGGCACUGCUGCCAACUGUGAGGGGACAGCAGGCUGUGCCAAUGUGAAAUACCACAGUGAUAUACCUCAGCCACACCACAUUAAUAAACACCAGCCAUACCACAGUGAUAUACCCCAGCAAUACCAUAGUGAUAUAACCCAGCCAUACCACAGUGAUAUACCACAGCCAUACCAGAGUGAUAUACCACAGCCAUAUCACAGUGAUAUACCCCAACCAUACCACAGUGAUAUACCCCAGCCAUAUCUCAAUGAUAUACCGCAGGCACAUCACAGUGAUAUACACCAGCCACACCACAAUGCUAUAGCCCAGCCACACCACCAUGACAUACCCCAGCCGUAUCAUAGUGAUAUACCCCAGUGA